AUGUUUUGGAAAGUGUUAUAUCGUCUUUUCCAUGCCAAGGUACUAAGAUUUAUGUCAGGAAAAUCACAUGAUUCAUGUCCGCUGAAAACCGAAAUUGACGGAAUCGGGGCCAUUGAUUGGUUUUCUUACCCGGAGUUCAAUGAGAAACGUCAAAAACUGGAACCGAAAUGUGUGGAUGCACAUCACUUGCUUUUUAAUUUGAGAUCAAAGGUGUGCAAGGAAGGAUUGCAGAAUAUUAAUAAGAACGCUUGGGUAGCUGUUGCAGAGUAUGACAGAGAUGUAAUUAGCAAAAGUCUUGUAGUCGAUCUAAUAGACAAGCAAAACAAUGCUUUUGCAAAGCGUACUUUUUCAGUUGAGGUUGAGACUGUUAUGAGAAACCUUGGGUACUCAAACGAGGCUGAUUUUUGUAAACUAGUGAGAGACUGGUAUGAAGCCGAAGACUCCCCGGGAAUCUCAGCAAAAGUGCGUGUUGAAAAUAAAAUUCGUUUGAAAGAGUACUUGUUAAAGGAUGUUGAUUUUGGAAAGUUUCCAGGGUAUGGAAUGUAUAUUAAAGGUUUUCCCAAAGGCAUGUUUGAGAGCUUUAUUCAAAGAAUAGACACUACACUUCAGCUUUAUGACAUAAUUCCUACAGGAACUUUUAAUCAAAGAGCUGUGUCAAGUCUUGUAAAUGAGACAUUUUUCGGCGAGCUGGCUGAAAUGGAACCAACGCACUUAGGGUGUCCUAAGGCAGUUCAGAUACCUAGAUUAAUGUCUAUAGUUGCUGAACUACUACAUUACAGAUGUUGUCCUAACGAAAGGUCAUUUAAGAUGUCUACGACUAGAAAAUCCGUAUAUCCUGUUCAAAAAUUCAAUAAUGUUCCAAGUACAAGCAACGUAAACGACAAUCAGUCCUUAGAGGAAGCCAUUAUUCUCAGAGACCACAAAUUUGAUAUGCCAAGUAGAGGGAGAAGAAAACAACGAAUUAGCAAACGCUCAGAUGUUACGAAACCAGGCGAGGUUACUCGGGGCUGUCUACCUGUUAGACAACUUCACAAAAGUGAUGAAAGCAAAAUUUUGGCAACAAGAAGACUUGGGAUUGAACAUUUAUCAGAAAACUAA